AUGGAAAAUGUAGCUCGCAAGCUCGUGGCUGCCGCUGAUUAUAUGUAUAAGCCCUUAUCGCCAAUCUUUCCGACAACUCGAUCCUCUCGCUGGCACUUCCGCCGCCCGCGUUGCCCCAGCAGGACAAGUCGCGAAUCAACGCUUGCCUCUGUUUUCCUGGCGAUGAGGUUCCGAAACAAACCCCAGAAUAUUCCUCAAGUUCACGUGCUGUUGCGAAAUAAUAAUAAUGCACCUGCUGCUGGAUAUGACGGACAAGAAAUCGAAAACGAAAAGAGAAAACAAAAACUGAGAGAAGAGGAAAAUUCUGAUGACGAAAAUGCUUCAACCGAAACUGGGAUCGGCCGCCAUAGGGGUUGCUUGGGCACCAAGCCGUCUGCCGGGUUUUUUCUCCGUAUCGCAUCCCGAAUCCUCUGUCGUGGUGAUGACCGUCUCGACGACAUUCAUACGCAAAUUACGCCACUGGGAGUUGCGCAUGAGCCGACAUCUGCAUAA